UCUUCCUCCCUGCAGACUUGAAUGACAGUUGAUUGAGACACGCAGAUCCCUUCGCGUUCUUCCUCUUUUCUUUCUAUCUCAUGUCUAUAUGAAUUAAAUUUGACAACGAGUUUGCUCAACACAUAUCCUACAGAGAGAGAGAGGGGCAGAGAGAAGCGAGCAUGAAGGUGAACAACAUUGGCAGCCAUGGAACCAGUGUUCGUAAGGUGGAGAGGAAGACAGUGGAGAAAAACAGGAGAACGCAUAUGAAGAAGUUGUGCUCCAAGCUUUCCUCCAUCAUCCCUAAAGAACACAGAAACAUUCACAAGGAUGUUUUGACGCAGCAAGACAACUUGGAAGAUGCAACAUCUUAUAUCAAAAUCCUUCGAGAAAGGAUUGAAAUUUUGAAGCAAAGAAGGCUGCUGCAGGUGAGUAAAAUGAGGAGCACGGACGUGGGCAUCGACUUUGGACUGCCAAUUGUCGAAGUAAGAUGCAACGAUGUGAACUUGGAGGUACUGAUCGUGAUAAGCCGUGUGAGCAAAAGGUUUUUGUUCCACGAGGUGAUCAGUGUUCUCGAGGAAGAAGGAGCUAAAGUUGUGAAUGCGAACUUCUCGGUUGUGGGGGACAAGAUCUUCCAUAUAAUCCAUUCACAGGCCGUCAGCUCCAGAAUUGGGUUGGAUGCUUCAAGGGUCACUCAGAGAUUGAAGGAGUUGGUUAAUUAGCUAUUACGAGUUUACGUAUUCUGUCAAAAUAUUACAACUGCGUGCAGCGAAUUGUACCGAUGUAGUUAUUUUAGCCGAUCUCUACUUUCUUCAUUCUGAGGCGCGGUGAAGCAUUUCGUGACGACUUUCUUGGAUUCAUCGUUAGGAAGAGUUGGGAAGCUUCAGGAAGCAACUUGCCAAGGAGGCUUCUGAUUAAGACAAUUCGUACGUCUUUAUAGCUAGAAAAACCAUCUGGAAUCUACGGUACGUGUCGCUUGAUGACUCCCAAUACUAGAAUGUUUUUCUUUCUAUUUUGGGCAAAAUUAAAAAAAAACUCCCUUUUUUAUUACACAAUGUUAUUCUCCUAUAAUUAAUAUAUCUGUAGCGAUCUUAUGUUUCUAU